CCUGACUCACUGCGUCUGCUCAGUCUUGCACCUGUUUCCAGUAGAACUGAAAGAAGUUAGUGGUUAUCGAUGUUCAUUCGCUUCGCAAUUUCAAGACACAAAAUUCAUCAUGGCAAAUUCAACUGCGUCCUGUAGGUUUGAAUUUCUUCUUCGAAGCGAAAGUAUUAUUUUUCGAUCAUCAUUAUUUGCUGCUAAUUCACUGACAGCAAUUUCAACGAUGAUUCUGAAUUCCUUAAUCCUGCUAUCCAUCUGGAACACUCCUUCUCUGCGCAAGCCAUCCCACAUCCUAAUAGCAAAUCUCGCACUCGCGGACUUCUUGUUGGGUGCUGUUGGCCAGCCAUUAAUCGUUUUAAAAGACAUUUUGUUCAUAUUAAAGAGGGAUAAAUGGUUUGAUGCGGUGUGUUCCAUAGCUGCAGUUGGCAAAACUCUAACAUACUGGCUUGGAUCAGUAUCUGCUUUUACUCUUACAGUUAUAAGCAUCGAUAGGUUCCUUGCCAUCAAACUCAAAGUGUCCUAUGCAAAUCAAGUCACAACGAAGAGAGUUUCAGCUGUUCUAUUCCUUUGGUGGAUAAUUAGUGGAAUAUCUAGUUUUUACUUUUUUCUUUUGAGUGAGCUGAAGUUAAAAACCCUUAUAGCUCUAUUUUGUACAGCUAUGGCAUGUGGCUUAUCAAUCACAACGACUUCUUAUUACAAAGCAACAAAAUUAUUGAGAGAGCUAGUAUCCCAAAUUGUACCAGAAGGUUCGAAUGAGCAGACCUCAAAGAAUUCCACUUUUAAUGUCUCAAAAUAUAAAAAGUCAUUGAAAACGAUGAUUUUAGUAUUGAUUACAGUAAUGGCCUUUUAUACUCCAUAUUUCAUAGCACUGGUCGUACGUGUGGCCUUUUCGAAUGAGAUAGACGACGAUGUCUUUAUUUACCACGUUCUUGUUUGGGCUGAAUUUUUGCUGUUUGCUAACUCGACUAUCAAUCCUGUCCUGUACUUAUGGCGCAUGAGGGAUCUCCGCAAAGCUGUGAAAUCAUUUCUAAGAACUGUUAUUCGUAAGGAAAGGAAUUCAGGUUUGACAGAACUAACUGUCAGCUCUAACCGUUCUAAUGUCGUGGGUGUUUGCUAA